AAAGUUUCCGUUGAGUCGGAAAAAUCCUUCUAAUCCUUGUAUAGGGCCCGACCAGUUAAUUAAAUACCCAAUGCUGUAGAAAAGAAAUAUUGUUGUCCUUUGUUUCAUUAGAAGUUACGAAGAUCAAUGUUGCUAGGAGUGUGGGGACCCAUAUCAUAAACUAUUAUUCAAAGCAAUCGAUGCAAAAACAACUCCUGAAAAAGUAGCAUGAGCCAUAUUUGGGGGCCGAGCAUGGACAGAAACUGAACCAUUUGCUAAUUCAAAUUAAAUCCUACCAUUAUGGCGAGCUUGCAAGGUAGACAGGAGUAGUAAAAGUCAUUGGACAUCGUCAAUUGAACCCCAGAUAGUGUAAAACCAUUGCUUAAAUAAUAUUAUCUAUUGCUUGAUUAUAUGGUGUGAAUUUCAUUUCAAUGUCAAGGUUCUCUCUUCUUGUAAUCCCAUCAAUCACAGGUCCUACAACUUUUCGAAAGACUAUUCAAUCCAUUUUGAGCUUGAAUCUUUUGCGCAAUGUCAGGAAUUCGACUACUCCGUAUGCCUCAGCCUCAAGAAAUCUGGUGGGCAUGAUUGAUAUUGCCGAGAAGAAACACAGCGACCACAUUAAAGCCAAUAGAAAAGUGGGUGUAAGGGUGUUUUCUGUAUUUGCAAUGGAGGAUCCCAGAUUGAAGGAUUUUUUCGGGUUUCUGGAUUCAUUGAAGAAUUAUGAAAAAGAAGGGGUACCCAAAGGGGCUGGUACUGAUACGGAUGAGGGCUUUGAUUUGCGGAGAAUGGAGAGGCUCGUUCAACUUCUGGGGAAUCCCCUUUCUCGUUAUCCGGUUGUGCAUAUUGCAGGUACCAAGGGAAAAGGAUCAACAAGUGCAUUUAUUGGUAGCAUUUUACGUGAAGGUGGCUAUUCUGUUGGUCUUUAUACAAGUCCGCAUCUUAAAACAAUUCGAGAACGCAUAGUCAGUGGAAGAAAGGCUGAAAUCAUAUCAGUGGAGAACCUUCAAAAUCUCUUUCAAGAUGUUCAGGACAUUCUGAACAAGGCAUUACAAACGGAACACUUAUCUCUGACUCAUUUUGAGGUUAUGACAGCAUUGGCUUUUAAGUACUUUGCUCAGCAGGGAGUUGAUAUUGCAGUGGUAGAGGCUGGUCUAGGUGGAGCACGCGAUGCCACCAAUGUUAUACACAGCAAGGGGCUUUCUAUGUCUGUUAUCACAACAAUUGGGAUGGAACAUAUGGAUGCCCUGGGAGGUUCUCUAGAGAGCAUUGCAAUUUCAAAGUCAGGCAUCAUCAAAGAAGGAUGCCCAGUGAUACUUGGUGGUCCAUUUGAACCACGAAUUGAGUAUAUUCUUCGCAAGACAGCGGCCUCAAUGAAUGCACCAGUAACAUCAGCAUUUGGUCCUGGGAUUAAUAGUACAAUUACCAAAUUAGAUUCCACAAGUGAUCAACCAUGUCAAUAUGCUGAUAUUUUGGUCAAGCUUGAUGAAAAUGAUCCACAAACGACAAUUGAAUUAUUUGGCGUGAGGCUUCGCAUGAUUGGAUACCACCAACUGCAGAAUGCAGUUACAGCCGUAUGUAUUGCUCUUUGUCUUCGUAGCCAAGGCUGGAGAAUUUCCAGUGACUCAAUUCGUGCUGGUCUAGAGAAUACAAAUUUAUAUGGAAGAUGCCAGUUUUUAACACCUAAGCAAGUUGAGAUGCUUGGUAUCAGUGGUGCAACUGUUGUUCUUGAUGGAGCACAUACAGAAGCGUCUGCCAAAGCUUUAGCAACUACAAUUAGGAUGCUGUAUCCAGACAAACUGUUGGCCUUUGUCAUAGCUAUGGCAAAUGAUAAAGAUCAUUCAUCUUUUGCUGAUCAUCUCAUUUCAGGUGCACGACCAAACGUAGCUAUUUUCACAGAGGUUAGUGUGGCUGGAGGAAAUAUUCGAACAACACCAGCUUCUUCGUUGUUGAGCACUUGGAUGCACAUUGCACAAGGACAUAAUUUUUUGGUCACUGAGAUGGCUGAAAAGCAAAUUUACAAUCUGCCUGAUGAUUUUAGUGAUCCGAAUUCACAAAGAACUUUUCCUGAUAAACCGUGUUUACUGGUUGCCAAAGAACCCGACUUUGUGGAAGCUGUAAAGAGGGCUGGAAAUUUGCUGAAACUUUUGAAUAAUGAAUGCAGUGGCAUUAUAUGUGUUACCGGGUCAUUGCAUUUAGUAUCGACAGUAAUAUCUCAUUUACAUGAUUAACACCCGUGUAACCAGUAACCGUUUUAAAAGUAAUAUCUAUGCUGUGCAAUUCUUCUGUUAAAAGAUGUGGUAUGUAUUGAUAUAAUGAUUGGAAAAGUACA